AACCAGGAUCGCUUUGGGUCUGGUCGCCAAGAUGGCGUCCUCCGCCUCCGCUAGGACUCCGGCCGGGAAGCGAGUGGUAAAUCAGGAAGAAUUGCGGCGGUUAAUGAAGGAGAAGCAGCGUCUGAGCACCAAUCGGAAACGGAUAGAAUCUCCAUUCGCGAAGUACAACCGUUUGGGGCAGCUGAGUUGUGCCCUGUGUAACACCCCGGUUAAGAGCGAGCUCCUGUGGCAGACUCACGUCCUGGGAAAGCAGCACCGAGAGAAAGUGGCCGAGCUGAAAGGCGCGAAGGAAGCCAGCCAGGGUUCGUCUGCCAGCUCAGCGCCUCAGACCGUCAAGAGGAAAGCGCCAGAUGCAGACGGCCAAGACGCCAAGAGAGCGAAGGCCACCUUGGUGCCUCAGGUACAGCCCUCCACAUCUGCGUUGCCCACCAACUUUGACAAAAUAGGAAAGGAGUUCAUUAGAACGACUUCCAGUAAGCCUUCAGGACUCAGUUUACUCCCCGAUUAUGAAGAUGAGGAGGAGGAGGAAGAGGAGGAGGAAGGAGAUGGAGAAAGAAAAAGGGGGGACGCCAGCAAGCCGCUGUCCGACGCACAGGGCAAGGAGCACUCAGUUUCUUCUUCGCGGGAGGUAACAAGUAGUGUGCUGCCAGACGAUUUCUUUAGUACUAAUCCUCCCAAGGCCCCCAUAAUUCCUCAUUCAGGGUCAAUUGAGAAAGCAGAAAUACAUGAAAAAGUGGUGGAAAGGAGAGAAAACACCGCGGAAGCGUUACCGGAAGGUUUUUUUGACGACCCUGAGGUAGAUGCAAGGGUGCGAAAGGUUGAUGCCCCAAAAGAUCAGAUGGACAAAGAGUGGGACGAAUUCCAAAAAGCCAUGAGGCAGGUCAACACUAUUUCCGAAGCCAUAGUUGCCGAAGAGGAUGAGGAGGGACGGUUGGACCGCCAGAUUGGGGAGAUCGAUGAGCAGAUUGAGUGUUAUCGACGGGUGGAAAAGCUACGGAAUCGCCAGGAUGAAAUAAAAAAUAAACUUAAAGAAAUCCUGACCAUAAAAGAACUGCAGAAAAAGGAAGAAGAGAAUGCUGACAGCGAUGAUGAGGGGGAACUACAGGAUUUGUUGUCUCAGGAUUGGAGAGUGAAAGGGGCAUUGUUAUAAGGUUUUAAAGACCCAAGGUUUCUAACAGCCUCUGCUAUUGUAUAAAAGUGCUGUCUCUCAGUAGUAUAUCGGUUACUUCAUGCCUAGAGAUUGGGUACCUGGAUUGCUAAACUGGAUUGUUAAGAUAAAAUGAGCCAGUGAGCUACAGCACUUUGGAAAAUUUGUGUAAAAUGUUUUUGAGAAAGACCAACCGGCAAACUUUUAAAUGAAUGCUCACUGUGGUAUUUGUAAUGUAUUUAUCUUCUGAACCCUACAUCAAGUUGAAAAGGUUUGUUUUCUUGUUUCUUUGGUUUUUUUAGAACACUUCAUGAACACAUAAGUCAUUAUAGGUUAA